UAUGAAGGGCACAGGCUGAGGCCCACAUGGAAAAGGUGGCGAUGAACAGGGAAGCGAGGGAGCAGCCGGCUCUGCCACUGGAGACUCUUGCAGACCCAGGCUUCCUCUCCAUAUUUCUGCAGGCGGUGACCAUGUCUCAGGCCAUGAAGGCCACCGCCACGACGGCUGCGAACCCAGGGCCUGAAGCCAAAGGGAAAGGGGCCCCUCCCACAGGGCCGGCCCUGGGUUCUGGCCCUGCCCCGGCCCCAGCCUCCGGGCCCUUGCCCAGCACCAAAGCAGGAGAGCUGCCUCCUGGGAGCUUCAAGCUGGUGGUCUUCGAGCAAGAGAACUUCCAGGGCCGCCGGGUGGAAUUCUCAGCAGAGUGUGUGAACUUGGGAGACCGUGGCUUUGACCGAGUGCGCAGCCUCAUUGUCACCUCUGGACCCUGGGUUGCCUUUGAGCAGUCCAACUUCCAUGGGGAGAUGUUCGUGUUGGAAAAGGGCGAGUACCCUCGCUGGGACACCUGGUCCAGCAGCUACCGUAGCGACCGCCUCAUGUCCUUCCGGCCCAUCAAGAUGGACUCCCAGGAGCACAAGAUCUGCCUGUUUGAAAGUGCCAAUUUCAAGGGCAACACCAUGGAGAUCCAGGACGAUGACGUGCCCAGCCUCUGGGUCUACGGCUUCUGUGACCGCGUGGGCAGCGUGAAGGUCUCCAGUGGAACAUGGGUUGGCUAUCAGUAUCCUGGCUACCGUGGGUACCAGUACCUCCUGGAACCUGGAGACUUCCGGCACUGGAACGAGUGGGGGGCCUUCCAGCCACAGAUGCAGGCUGUGCGCCGCCUACGUGACAGACAAUGGCACCGUGAGGGCUGUUUCCCUGUCCUGGCCGCUGAGCCCCCGCAGUGAACCCUGGAGCAUCUCCACUUUCUGGACCCGCCCCCUCCCAGGCUCCACGUCCCCACC